AUGCAGGAAUGCGCCCGUUUGGAGGGAGGUCUCUUCCCAAACAAGGACAUCACCCGCGAGCCCUUCUACCUCGAGUCCCUCAACCUCACAACCCAAGACUUCAUCACCACCAAGCUCAAGCACACAUGCCGCCGCCACACCAGCAACAUCUCCCCUGCCCGCCUCGGAGCCUUUCUCUCCAAAGCCAGCGCCAUCGACGCCGUCAUCCGCUUCCACAAAGGCAGAGAGGGCACCCUCGACGGCCCGUUUCCCACCCUCUCCCAGUGCCAGCAGUGGUUCCAGGCCUUCUCCCUGCAAAAGAUGGCCUCGGCGAACAAGUCCACUGGCGGUUACACCCUCGACCCAAGCCAGUCCGCCGACCUGCUCAUCCCCCUCACCCUCUGGCCAAAGGACAACGACGACCGUCUCGAGAUUGCCAGACUGCUCCUCCGAGACACAGGCUGCGACCCCAACGGAGCCAGCCCCCGCUCCGGCUGGGACGUCUGGUGCUGGACCCCUCACGGGAUGAGAAUGGCGCCUUUGCACUUUGACGUGCCGCUUGGUGAUGCCCGAAUGGACGGGUACGGACGGGUGCCGGGGAGUGUCCCCCAUUUGAAGGGGGUCGGGGACGAGGGAUUCAGGGCGUGGGUGGAAGGGAUUGGGGAGCCGGUCAAGGCCUGGUUGGAGACGGAAGACGGGAAAAAGGCAGCGCAACACUACGGUGAUCCCACCGCCCAGCGGCAGCCAGAUGCCGAGGACGAGAUCAUGGCGCUGAUGGAAAGCGGGCACACCAGUGCGACAGGUCCCGGCGGGAAAGGAGGGAGCCGAUAA